AUGAAACAUUGGGUUUGUGUUUUUGAAUCCCAGGGCUUCUCAUGGUGUGAUGAUGAUGCAAAGAAGGGUGACACCGGUCCGCUGAGUCACCCCUUCGACUUCUUACACUUGGGUAAGAUAAUUAUAUAUUUAAGGAGAAAGGAGCUGAUGAAAAUUUCUCUCAAGGCAAUGGGCAGAGCUAUUAACAAAACUGUUAUGAUAGCUGAAUUAAUUAAGAGAAGGAUUGCUGGUCUUCAUCAAAUUACAUCUAUUGGUUUCGCCGAUAUAACAGAUAUGUGGGAACCACUAGAAGAAUGCCAUCUCCCUCUUGAAACUACCCGCCACGUGUCAGUGAUUACGAUUACCUUGUCAAGAAAAGAGCUUGACACAUCAUCCAUCGAUAUGUGA